AUGGGGAAGAUUGGAGAGAAGGAAGACUUUCACUUCCAUGACAGAUGUUCGAGUCUCAAAUUAAACCAUCUGGCUUUUGCAGAUGACGUUCUAUUAUUCAGUCAUGGUGAUCCCAAGAGUGUACUAUAUAUGCUACAAGCCUUAAAGCUCUUUUCACUAACAUCAGGUUUGCAACCUAAUGCCUCUAAAACUGUUGUAUAUUGUUGUAACAUGCAACAUGAAUAUGUGGAUAGAAUUUUGCAACUCUCAGGCUUUCAGAGACAUGAGCUUCCUUUCACAUACUUGGGAGUCCCAAUUUGUGCUAAGAAGAUAUCCAGGAAAGAAAGUGAGGUUUUAGUGGAGAAAAUGACAGCAAGAAUCAGAACCUGGACCUCAAGGAACCUAUCUUUUGCUGGGAGAACAACACUUAUCAACUCAGUUUUGAUUACUAUUCAGGCAUACUGGAGUCAGAUCAUAAUCAUGCCCAAAAGAAUUCUGAAUUCCAUAGAAGCUAUCUGUAGAGCUUUCUUAUGGAAAGGCCAAGCUAUGUUUCAUGGAGCAGGUGCUAUGGCCUGGGACAAUGUAUGUCAACCUAAAGCUACUGGGGGUUUAGGCAUUACUAAACUUGAAACUUGGGUAUAUUUGGGCAAUUUCGAACAAACAAGAGAGCUUAUGGCUGCGGUGGGUGAAUAG